CAGAACACUUUGGAGACAGAAAGACAUUGACAAAAAAAAACAGUUACUGAGCAGUAAAGGGUUGCUAGUUAUCUGGUAAUGCCGGUAAAUUUUUUAUUUUUUAUUUUUUGACAAUUGUGCAAAAAGAUGCAGAGUCCUCUCACACUUAGAGCAGUUCGAAUGACUAAUAUUGCAAUAGUCCGGUGCAAUGACCAUUGUGCAAAGGGCGCUGAGACUUCAAGGAGUGUAUGCGGUUUAAAGUGACGAGUUGUGCGAUAAUCUGGGACAAUGUUGGUUGUGCAAAUGUUACAGAUACUCCUCAAUCAGUGUGCAAAUGGAGCAGAUGCUACUCUGGCAUGAGUGGCCAGUAUAUGCAAAUAGUGCAGCAUGGCGAGACAACUACAGUGAGUGCACGAGUAAUACAUAAUUGGCCCCACAGAAAUGUGACAACGUACUCAAGUCAAAAAAUUGCCAACAUGCUGUAAUGGAAUUGUAGGUUAGGUGUUUAAGAAGUUGAUUUUUUUCCAUUUAUAUCCAUGUUAGCCUUUAUCCAAAACUAUAAACUGCCCGAGGAGGCUAUAUAUGAAAUAAGACACCCACUGCCCAGGGAUCCUUUGUACACAAGUGGUAAACAAUUUUAAUUUAAUACUACUGAUAACAGACAUUAGUCAGUUUACAAAGUCAUUACACAAAUUCCCAUUUAGUCCCAAUUGUGUAGAGCCAGGACCUCUCAGUGACUUAGUCAGAACAUGAUUUUUAUAUUUUAGUAACUCUAUAUCCACAACAACAUUGAGGCAUGUUUGAACACCUCAGCAGCAUUAACUUUAAUAGAACUGUACUGAAUUACAGUCCACUAGUAGGUGAUUGGAAAUUGGCAGAUUGCCCAAGCUUUUGUAUGGAUGCUGAUUGUUUUAGUCUAUAUUGUCAACUGGAGGCCAGGGGAUGCUUGUGUGUGUGUGUGUGUGUGUGUGUGUGCGCGAGUGCACGUGCACGUGUGCGUGUGUGUGGUAGGGUUGGGUUUGAAUUGUGUGGGUGCUGACAAGGACCUUCUAUGAUGACAUUCAGUUGAAUGAUGGUGGGGCAGAAAGAGGAGAGAGGGGGUAGAAAAAUUAAAGGAAUAACUGAAAACAUGUACUGAGAGAUUAAUGCAGAUGUUUUGAGGAUAUUUGACAAGCCAGUGAAGACAAGUGACGGUAAAUACAAAGCUGGACAUAACAAACAAGGUGCGCUUGUGCUUGACAGGCAUGGAAUCAAAUAGACUGAGGCAAACUUGGGAAUAUCAGUAACCGAUUUCCACAAGUGGAUUUCUCCAACAUGGACUAGUGUGGGGAACUGGCACAUAUACAUAUACUGUAUACAGGCGUUCCUCAGUCUCACACACAAACAUCUGGUUUCCUGUUGUGACCGGCUGUGGCAGUGGACCGAGUCAGCAUGCAGGAGUCUCCAGGUGCUAUGGGUGUAGAUGGCAGCUACACCAGCAACGUUCCAGCUUUUCUCACCAAACUCUGGACUCUCGUGGAGGAUCCAGAUACCAACCACCUAAUCUGCUGGAGUGCUACUGGGACCAGUUUCCAUGUAUUUGAUCAGGGUCGCUUUGCCAAGGAAGUUCUACCAAAGUACUUUAAACACAAUAAUAUGGCAAGCUUUGUCCGACAGCUCAACAUGUACGGCUUUCGAAAAGUUGUAAAUAUUGAGCAAAGUGGUCUGGUGAAGCCUGAGAGAGACGAUACAGAGUUCCAACAUUUGUACUUCCUCCAGGGACAUGAACAUAUGCUGGAACACAUCAAGAGGAAGGUAUCAAUUGUGAAGAGUGAAGAGACCAAAGUUCGUCAGGAGGACCUCAGUAAACUGCUGUAUGAAGUUCAGCUCCUAAGAACACAACAGGACAACAUGGAGUGUCAGAUGCAGGACAUGAAGCAGCAGAAUGAGGUUCUGUGGAGAGAGGUGGUCUCACUGAGGCAGAACCACACACAGCAGCAGAAGGUCAUGAACAAGCUAAUUCAGUUUCUGUUCAGUCAAAUGCAGUCCAACACACCUGGCACUGUAAGCUUGAAGAGAAAGCUGCCAUUGAUGUUGGAUGACGGCUCUAUUAGCCCCCCUGCCUCCAAGUUCAGCCAUAGUAACCCAAUGGAGCCAAUGCAUGAGUCCUUCUACAUCCAGUCGCCAUCCAAUGAUACUGCUUCAUGUUCUACCACUGGGCUAACAGGUGGACCGAUCAUAUCGGAUGUAACAGACAUGUCUCAAGCCAGCAUGUCUCUACAGAUGCAGCCUGAUGAGACCAGGGAAACGUGCCUGAUGCUUAUCAAAGAAGAGCCUGUCAGUCCAGGAGUGAGAGCAGGACUGAAAGGAGGCAGUGCUGGUGGAGGAGACACACUAGCAUUGAGCUCCUCCUGUGAGGUGUGCUCCUCAGAACCUCCCGUCCUUCCUGUUGCAAUGGUGCAGUCUGUUUUGGAGGAGAGAGGCUCAACCACCACAAUGACAGAGAGAAGGAUUAAGAGAGCUGCUAUGGAAAGAGUGGAGUGUGCUUCUGAUACAGUGGAAAAUAUGGAUAUGAGCCUGGAGGAGUUGCAGCAGCUGAUACUCAGGAGCCAUCAGCAGAGUAACAUGGAUCCAGGGACCAGUACUGUUAUUGAUCCCUUCAGUGUAAACCUUCCUCUGACUGAAUGGAGCUUUAAUGAGAUGGAGACUAACCUCAAAUCAUAUGUGUUCCAAAACCAAGAACCUGAGGCUUUUCCAGCAUCUACUUGUGAAAAACAGUGAUCAGUCUGUGCAGCCACUGACACUUCACCCUGCAUGAAUUUGAUCCUUCAGGCUGGCCAGGCUAUUUCUUGUAUUUGCCUUCUUUGCAAAAAUAUACUUAAGAAAUGCAGAAAUGAUCAUAUUUGUACCAAUUAUGUCUUUUUUUCUUUUUCUUAAAUAGAUUGAUUCAAGUAUAUCUAGCCUAGAGCACUUUAGUCUUUCUGUGAGAGGGACUUCCUACUUAUGGAAGUGACUUAUUCCUCCUAGAAUUUAUUACAAAUGUACACGUCUACAACAAGUGAACAUUUUUAUUUAACAAAAAAUAUUGUGAUUAUCUGAGUGUGUGCAAAUGGGGCGUGGGGCCCUCAUGGUAAUUUUCUGUUUUUUGGUUGUUGUUUUUUUGUCUGAAAAAAUUUAGAUACAAUCAAACUAAUUUUGUGUGUUACACUUAAUGAAAGGCAAGUUGUCUUUAGUAAAAGAAAAUAUUCUCACAAUGAACAAAUGGAGUCAAGCCACUCUAGAAUCCAUUCAGCAACCAUUUUUAAGUAUUAGUAGGACAUAUGAGGUUUAAUAACUAACCCAUGUACUGUGCAUGUGUUAGCCUGACAGGUAGCUAGGGUUGUUUUGUCUAUUUACAUGUGUGGUUUCAAGGACAUAACUGAUGGACUUUUCAAUUUGACUAAACCAACAACACCACAGCAUUUUUGCACAAACUACAGUACAUACAGUUAUGGUAAAAUAUUUUGUUGUUUGUUAAUUACAUUCUACACCUGCUUGUUUAAAGUAGAUGCAAACAUGUCAGAAAGUUAGACACUGCCUUUCAUAGCUUCCGGAUAAUCCUCCUGUGUUUUAAAAAGGGUUCAGUGAGGAGGUUUCUUGAGCAUUUCAUCAGUUACACAGCUAUAAAUUGAAGAAGUGUAGAUUUAUUCUCUGUAAUGCCAUUCAGUUUAAAAUACCAACAUUGCAUUGAUAGAUAUUUUAAAGUUUUCCUUUUGUGCUAGUAUACUUGAGGGGAAGUUAUAAAAAUGAUAUGAAUUGUGCAAUACUGUACAGAAUGCAAUAUGUGGAUGACCAUAGGAAUGUAGGAAAGAGCAACUGUGAGUGGUGGAGUGGAACACACCAAAGUAAGAUGCACAGCAGAAGGAGAAUGACUGCUUGUCCAAAAAACCCCAAGGCAGGAGCAACGUGACUGGGAGGAGGAGGAAUUUCUAUUUGGUUUACUGUUGUUGAUGAGAAUCAGGGCAGCAAUUUACUUUAAAAUUUCGCAAAAAUCUAGCUGAAGGAACUUUUACCCUGAUGCAUUACAGUGUUAUGCCUUAUAAUUGAUCACUGUAUAUUUGAUUUCUAUUUUAACCUGUUGUAAAUAAAAUGGAAACACACUGAAGUUGCAAAAUUAUUUAAAAACAAAAAACACAAACUAUGGCUUCUGCUUUAAAAACUUUUGAGGUAGAUCCUCCUUCCCUGUGCAUGUUAGCUUUGAUGUAUAAUGUGGAAUUGCACUAAACUAAAGUUGUAUAUUUGAAAGUGUACAGUACAUUUAAGAUAGCUUUUAUUUUCUUGUUCCUUACAACAAUGAGUGUUUUUCAGGAGUGACUGCACACAUUCAGCUGCUGUUGUGUUCUUUAUUUAUCUUGUUUUAAUUUUUUAUCAUUUGCACUGGAAAUGAAUGGAUGUGUGUGAAGAUGCAUACUGCUAGAUGAGUGCGGUAUUUGUACCUAAACAAGUGAAAAUAUGGCUGCUGUAAAAGAAAAAGCCUGGCAUCCCCCCAAAGCAUUGUUACACUAUGAAAAAGAAAAGGGAAUUGAAUGCGUCAUCUCUUGUCACCGAAAUAUUUUAUGACUACCAUUAAACACAUAUAAGUGCUUCAAUACUUUUGAAAGUGGGCCAUCAUCAGCUGGAAAUGUGAAUGUGUUGAAUGGCUUUCAUAAAAAGACUAAAGUGCAAUGUUACACAGGGUCAAAUAAACUGGAUAUGUAUUUCACAUGUAAACAAAAUAUUAAAAUACCAAUAAAUUAAAGAAAAGGGAGACUUGAAUGGGACAUUUUCAUUGCAUUUGUCAUAUACUGCCCUGCAGUUCCAUUAUUGGAGCCGGGAGGGCGCUUUGCGUCCUCUCUCUCUCUCCCCCCCCCCCCCCCCCCCCCCCUCCCCUCUCCAUUUUUCCUGUCUCCAAUAAGCCUCAUCACCACCGGUAUAUAAGCCUGCCUGUUCCAGGAAAUCCUCGCCAAAGUAUUGCAGUUACUUCCAGCAGUACCACGGCCCAUUUACCUCACGUAAGUAACUCUAUUCGUCGUUCCCUUUUUUGACUCCUGUGUCUCCUUGUUCUCAGUGUUUUUUCCCGUGUUCCUGAUCCACGUCAUUCCUGCCGCCAAGCCAGCCGCCUGUCCACGCCACCGCCUGCCAACCCACCAAGGACCACCACCAUUACCUUUCCUCAAUAAACUAUUCAUCAUUUUACAUCUGCCUCCGCCUGCUCUUGGAUCCAGCUGCUCUCUAUACGUGACAGAAUACUUUGGCCAUUAUGCACCCAGCAAUUCCGGAGGCACUGAUGAACGCACUCACUCUCCGAGGAGCCCGCAUAGGGAGACAAGAAAAGACUCUCCACGAACUCAUGGAAUCCCUACACUCCCUCACACAACAAGUAUCCCUCCUUUCCUUGACAAUGCUAUCCAGACUUCCACCUGUAAGUACGCAUUCCGAGCCCGCAGCCUCAGAGCCACCCUGCCUCCUGUACAAAGAACCUCAUGUCCCGCCUCCCGAGCCCUACUCCGGGGACCUAGGUGCAUGUAGCCAGUUUUUACUCAUUCAAUUGCUCACUCGUUUGCAACCUUCAACCAUACAGUUAUCCCACCGAUCAAUCCAAAGUAGCUUAUGUCACUAACCACCUCUGCGGCAAAGCAACUAAAUGAUCCACUUCCUUAUGGCAAAACUCCUCCCCGGUACUCCACUCAUUCGAUUCCUUUUCCAACGAACUCCGUAAAUUGUUCGAUCACCCUGUUUAGGGCAAAUUAGCCACCCGUCAUCUCCUCACGCUCACGCAGGGCGCUAAAUCAGCAGCGGAAUAUUCCAUAGAGUUUCGAUAUUGGCGGGUGAAUGUGGGUGGGAUGACGCGGCACUUAGGGGGAUUUUUUCUAAUGGCCUUUCCGAGCAGCUCAACGAUGAGCUAGCAGUCCGGGACGAGCCCUCCUCUCUCGAGGAUGUCAUUGGCCUUUCCAUCCGUCUGGAUAACAGACUGCGACAACGUACACGAGAGAGGGGGGUUCGCUUGCGCAAAAGCCAUCCCACUCCAAGCGCCGUGCAGUCAGCUUCACACCCGCCUCCCGCACAGUCUUCCGCACUUCCGUCACUGCCCGUAGCCACCGAGGAGCCCAUGCAAAUUGCAAAGACACGGUUAGAUCCACAGGAGCGUCAGUCUCUUAUCAACCAGCGGAUGUGCAUCUACUGCGGUCAAUCCGGUCACUUUAUUUUCUCGUGUCCGCUCCGGCCAAAAGACCAGGCUCACCGCGACAAACCUCCAUUCCCUCAAGCUCUCCCUCACGCAUGACCGUUCCCGGUUGCAUUAUAGUUUCUGCUCAUAACACCCCCAUCACUGCCCUGAUUGAUUUUGGUGCCGAUGACAAUUUCAUUCAUAAAGCCAUAGUUCACCAGCUCCAAAUCCCUCUCCAACCACUUGCGUCCCCGAAGAAGGUCACAGCCCUGGAUGGCCGAAUCAUCUCCCCUGUUACCCACCAAACUGUGCCAUUCACCUUGCUUAUUUCAGGAAAUCACCAUGAGAACAUCUCUUUUUGUUAUCCCUGCCCCUGAUACCCCAUUAGUCCUUGGAAUUCCCUGGCUCAAAAAACAUAACGCCACCAUAGACUGGACACACUUAGCCAUCACCGGAUGGAGCCCUCACUGCCACUCACACUGCCUGCUCUGUUAUAUCUCCCUCUGGUAAACCGCCACCCUCUUCCACACCUGUUGACCUCUACAGAGUCCCUGAGGAAUAUCAUGAUCUCUCUCUGGUGUUCCGUAAAGACCUGGCCAUUUCUCUACCCCCUUGCCCCCCCCACCGUCCGUAUGACUGUGCAAUUAAUCUGCUGCCAGGGGCCCCUCUUCCCUCCAGCCAUCUCUACAACCUUUCCCGACCUGAGAAAAGGGCAAUAGAGGACUAUAUCCAUGACUCUCUGGCUUCCGGACUCAUUCAACCUUCCUCUUCUCCAGUUGGGGCCGGCUUCUUUUUUUUUAAAAGAAAGACACCACUCUCCGCCCAUCUAUCGACUACCGUGGUCUCAAUGAUAUUACCGUGAAGAAUAAAUCUCCGCUUCCCCUCAUUGACCCACCGUUUGAACCCCUCUAUGACACCCAGGUAUUCACCAAAUUGGAUCUACGAAGCGCCUACCACCUCAUCCGUAUCAGAGAGGGGGACAAAUGGAAGACCGCCUUCAAUACCCCUCUCGGACACUUCGAGUAUCUGGUCAUGCCAUUCGGCUGAACCAACGCCCCUGCAGUUUUCCAAACAUUUAAUACUGACGUCCUCCAUGACAUGCUCAACCGGUUCGUGUUUGUAUACCUCGAUGAUAUCCUCGUUUUCUCCCGCUCCCCCGAAGAACAUCGCAUCCAUGUAUGCCAAGUCAUUCAGCGUCUCCUUGAAAACCGUCUGUAUGUUAAACCUGAAAAGUGCGAAUUCCACCUCUCAUCUCCAGAGGACAACUACAACCCGACCCUGCCAAGAUCCAAGCAGUCGUUAUAUGGCCCACUCCCACCACCCGCAAAGAACUACAACGUUUCCUUGGAUUCGCCAAUUUCUACCGUCGAUUCAUCCGUAAUUACAGCAAGGUCGCUAUUCCCCUCACUAGCCUCACAUCCACCAGGUCCCUCUUUCAAUGGUCCCCGGCAGCGUCCCAAGCAUUCAGUCACCUCAAGACCUUGUUCACCAGUGCGCCCAUUCUUCGCCACCCCGACCCCUCCCUCCUGUUCGUGGUUGAGGUUGACGCCUCGGACACGGGGGCAGGGGCUGUCUUCUCGCAGCGAGACCCCACGACCCACAAACUUCACCCCUGUGCCUUUUUUUCCCCAUCAUCUGUCCCCUGCUGAAAGGAACUACGACAUCUGCAACCGAGAGCUACUGGCCAUUGUAUGGGACUUGGAAGAGUAGAGGCACAGGCUGGAGGAGACUGAACUACCAUUCAUCAUUUGGACCGACUACAAGAAUCUCUUACCUCCGUUCCGCCAAACGCCUUAACCCUCGACAAGCUCACUGGGCUCUCUUCUUGAGCAGGUUUAAUUGCAAUCUCUCUUUCCGUCCUGUCUCCAAAAACAGUAAACCAGAUGCCCUGUCUUGACUUUACUCACACCCCACCAGCCCUGACCCAACCCAUUCUUCCUUACUCGUGCUUCAUUGGAGCAACCACUUGGCAGAUCGAACAGGUGGUUAAGGAGGCCCAAAAGACUCACCCAAAUCUCAAGACUGGGCCUCCAAACUGCCUGUUUGUACCAGAUUCUGCACGCUCUGACGUUCUUCAGUGGGCUCACAACUCCAAAAUCACCUGUCAUCCUGGCAUCACCCGCACCAUUCAGUUCAUCUGGCAGCAUUUCUGUUGGCCUAGCCUUGUUCAAGACACCCGGGAGUUCGUCCAAGCCUGCUCCGUCUGUGCCCGAGGGGGUUCCAGUAUCUCGUCGACUGGGAAGCGUAUGGGCCGGAGGAGCGGUCUUGGAUUUCCCGGAAGCUUAUACUCGAUCAUACCCUUUUGGAAGACUUCUACGCGGCUCACCCUGGGAAGCCUGGCAGGACGCCGGGAGGCGUCUGUUGAGACGGGGGUACUGUUAUAUACUGCCCUGCAGUUCCAUUAUUGGAGCCGGAGGGCGCUUUGCGUCCUCUCUCUCUCUCCCCCCUCCCCUCUCUGUUUUAAGCACCUGUCUCCAAUCAGCCUCAUCAUCACCGGUAUAUAAGCCUGCUUGUUCCAGGAAAUCCUCGCCAAAGUAUUGCAGUUACUUCCAGUGGUACCACAGCCCAUUUACCUCACGUAAGUCACUCUAUUCCUCGUUCCCUUUUUUGACUCCUGUGUCUCCUUGUUCAGUGUCUCCCCCCGUGUUCCUGAUCCACGUCAUUCCUGCCGCCAAGCCAGCCGCCUGUCCUCACCACUGCCUGCCACCUGUCCACGCCACCGCCUGCCAACACACCUAGGACCACCACCAUUACCUUUCCUCAAUAAACUGUUCAUCAUUUUACAUCUGCCUCCACCUGCUCUUGGAUCCAGCUACUCCCCAUACGUGACAGAAUUGUUUUUUAUCAUACGUCUUCAUCUCAUACAUAUUGUACAUACUUUAUGAUGUAUGCAUGUUUGUAUAAAGUUGACCUUUUGAACCUC